CAGUUCGGCAACACUCCUUUCAUUAUUUCUUGCCAGAAUGGCAAUGCUCGAAUAGUAAAGGCCUUGCUUCGACAUGGUGCAAGUUUGGACUCGCAAAACAAACAGGGAUGCACUGGAUUGCACUAUUGCAUUGCAUAUGGUUUUAAUUCCCUUAGUGAUUACCUCAUAGCCAAAGGGGCGAACGACAAACUUCUGAAUAAGUUGGGCUUGAAUCCAUACGAGGGAAUCAAAUGA